AUGACAAGUUCAAAGUCUCAAAAGACUACUUCACAAUCUUCUUUAGGUGGAACAUCACGUACCAGUACCGUUGCUCAUACAAUCAGUCCCACACCUUCAGUUUUAUCAAAUAUAAGUGCUUCGAGUUGCAUUGGCCAUGAUGCGAAAGAUUGUAGAAGCAGUAUUCGUGAACGCCCAUUUAAGCAAGGAUAUGUUACACCAGAACAACUUUUAAAAUCAUUUGGUAGAGUCAAAGAUUGA